AUGCAAUCUACCGAAAUAAAUUGUGAGAUCUGUAAUACCACCUUUCAGAGGCGGGAACAUUAUGAACGACAUAUCCGCACCCAUACCAAAGAGAAACCGUUUGCCUGCGCCGAGUGCGGUCAGCGCUUCGGCAGAGUCGCUAACCAUCUAGCUAGCGACUCACUAGCGCGUCAUCAUGCUACAAUCCACCAGCGUAACUAUGACAGUAAGGAUCCCACAGCAAAUCGACGUCGGAUAGCCAAAGCGUGCAAGCCGUGCAAUAUUUCGAAGGUCCGGUGUGAUGGGGAACAACCGUGUCAACGUUGCCGUUGCCAAAAUAACGGCACUGACUGCUAUUAUGAACGUUCUGUUAAGCGCAAAAGGAUGGACUUCCAGGCUACGACUAAUACGUCGUCAAAGGAGAUUUCCGAGGAUUCUCUCUAUCAACAGGGUGAAGGUGGUCAACCUGCCGGAAAGAAAGGGUUCGUUGGUGUACCGGAAGCACCCACUGUUCAGACGUCGUCAAUACAAUUCAGCCAACGCCAUGCAUCAUCCAUGCUACUUGAAAGCAUGUCUGAUAAUGAGUUAUUUGGAGAUACACCAUCUACGAUACACGAUGGCUCCCAACACUUGAAUGCAGAAGGAACAGGGCCGGAGAAUUUCGGGGACCCUGGCCUGGAUAUCAACUUCUUUCCGAGCAUGUUCGACCUCACCAUCGGGGUCGAGGGGCCGGAUAACCUCUGGCCGGUACCAAAAGAGCCUGAAGGGCUUGCUCCUAGAAAUACUGGGCCCCCCACACCCUUGACUCCCGCAGCGGUGGCUGAGAUGUACAACCGCAGUCGCUCGCCAUUCCUGGAAGGAGAAGAUAUGGAGCCGCGGCAUUAUCGACCGAGCGCUCUUAAUAUCGACGCGCAGUUGUCUUUCCCCGAUAUGGAGCACAUUUCUACGGAGGAAGUGGAUGAAGAGAACCUGGCGCAUGUCCCUGAAGUCUCAAAUACUGUCGUCGACCAGAUGGCUCAGUUGGCAUUGACCAUUGAAACAACAUCAAAUUAUCCACGUUUUGUUGUGUUCAGGAUGCCACCUGCCCCUGUAAUCAAUGCAUGGGUGCAACUCUACUUUGAACACUUUCAUCCAGUAUUCCCUUUCCUACAUAAGCCGUCUUUCGGAACUUCGGACACACAUUGGCUGCUCAUAUUUGCUGUUAGCGCCAUCGGGGCUCAAUUCUCUGAGCUACCACAAUCCCAAGCUUGUUCAAGGGCUAUCAAUGAGAUGGUCCGGCGGUCAACAUCAUAUCUGUGUGAAAGGAAUAAUCAAAACAGUCAUGAGCUCUGGAUGGUGCAGGUCAUCCUGCUAAAUCAAUUGGCCUUGCGGUAUUCUGGGGAAAGGAGGGCCCUCGAAAUCGGGGAAUUGUUGCAAGCACUUCCUGUAACUUUGGCUCGUCGGAAACGACUAUUCACGAACUACCUCCCUCGUGAAAGAGUAUCCAAUCUUGGCCUAUCCCUCCAUCGGAGAUGGCAGAUCUGGGCUCUUGACGAAGAGAGGCGGCGAACCGGCUUUGCCAUCUGGGUGAGUGGCUGA